AUGAAGAUGUGUCUUCAGAAGGGACUGAAUAUUGCAGCCGUUAUAGGAAUCCGCAUUUACUCCGGCAGAUUGAUCAUGAACAAAACAGGGUGUGUGGUGCUCGGGGGACGUUUUGAUCUCACAGUUGCGCCGGCAGUCGCUGGCAACCGCUUCAAAAUGAGCUUUUCUUCCCUUCGCUCAAAUAUUGAUGAUCUUUUGUUUGUUUUACCUCCUCUCACAAAUGAAGAACACGGUGGUGAACGCAAACUGGCGUUGCCACUCUCCAUUACUCCAAGCAUGCAUCGCACAAAUACACGCGCACAGCUUGUGUAUAUACGAUAUCGCGUGAUCAUGCAGGGCUUUUCAAAUAUCAGCGACACACCAUUGAUAUUCAUGCCUUCUUAA